UCAAGUGAUAGCUUCAUAGUGCACCUGAAGGAUGACACUGAAGUCCAUUUUGAACAGCAGCCCUAUGUGGAUGUUCUGAGCCCGCUGAAGUUUGAAGCGAAAACGCAGAAAGGGACUGUGCGACUUCAAGGCCGACAAGUCACAAGUGAUAUGGAACUCAGACCUUAUAACUGUAGCUCAGCCAAUAACGAUGACUGCCCAGCACUGCUCAAAGACUUCUACAUUAGUGUGACGGUGCUGAAGUCAUCACUGGUAAAUGCUCUGGUGAUGAUUGUUGGAUGGUCCUACUUUACUGCAUGGAGUGUUUCGUUCUACCCACAGAUAGUUUUGAACUAUCAAAGAAAAAGUGUAGUAGGCCUCAAUUUCGACUUCUUGGUCCUAAACAUCGUCGGAUUCUCUGCGUACUCGAUUUACAAUCUUUUUCUUUUCUUUGAUUCGAACGUACAGAGGAUAUACGAAGAGGCACAUCCGCACAGUCCGAUUCCAGUGCUGAUCAACGACGUCUUCUUCGCCACACACGCACUGUUCGCGUGUAUCCUGACUGCCGCUCAGUGUUUUAUCUAUGAGCGAGGUGCUCAACGGGUUUCUUACGUAUGCAUGUCCAUCACACUUUUCAUGUUCGCAGCUGCCUGUGGGGCAGGGGUCGUCACCUUUCUUGGUUUCAUGAACAUGCUACAAUUUGUCACCAGCUUAUCGUACAUCAAAAUGGCCGUAACACUGCUCAAAUACAUACCACAGGCCUUGUUGAAUUUUCGAAGAAAGAGCACCGUCGGCUGGUCGAUCGGCAACGUACUGCUUGACUUCACUGGAGGCUGUCUUGAUAUUCUUCAAAUGGUUUUGCAGUGCUGGAAUGUAUCCGAAUGGUCGGCGUUCUAUGGAAAUCCCGUCAAAUUUGGUCUCGGCCUCGUCUCGUCACUCUUUGACAUUCUUUUCAUCACCCAGCAUUACGUUCUCUAUCCGCACAAGACAGAACAGUCGCGAACGGAUCCCGAGAAGAGUGGUCGUCAAAAGAUGAGUGACAGAUCAGACAUGGAACAGCUGAGCGGAAGUGAUCCACACUCAACCAUUAAAAGCAUGGAAGGCAGCAAAUUCAGCACACAUAGCAGUGAGAUGAACUCCACGUAA